UCUACCGCAGCAGUUUUCAAGCAGCUACUUUAUAUCGCCAGUCUAAUGCAGUGAAUUGUGGCUGUUGCAUGUCACUUUGCAUCCAAAACACAAACCCACGUGUUAGUGCUUUUCGGAUACUCAUUUCGAGACCACUCAAGGAGAAUCCAUUACCAUGAGUUGGCUCAUCGAAUUUCAGUGCAGUGCUAUGUGAUGACUAUGAGAAUUAGUGAUUGCUUAAAUCUAGACCAAUGAUUGUGAAAAACUUUUGUGAUGAACGAUGCCGUCCUACAUGUACAUUCAGACAUGUGUGUGGGUUCUGAUCGGAUUUUUUUGCGCUGGAACACCGGUGCCUUGGCUCAGCCCGUCCCUGGAAGCAUUAGACGAGCUCAACGACGCUGAAAUAUACAAAUCCGUUGUUACAUCUAUAAACGAAUGGCAGAAAAGACAGGAGCUUAAGAAAAUUAAUGCCAGAAUCAAACGCGAGGACUCCUCGGUUUGUUACGGCGACUUGGGAUGUUUCGAAGCCUCCGGCCCUUUCGGUUACUUGGACAUGUUGCCAAGCAAACCGGAGGAGAUCGACACCAAGUUCCUGCUGUACCCCGGACACGGCCGCCGUCGAAGCGGUUCUAGCCCCGCCGAAGUCGCUUUCUCAUCCAUCAAAGAAGCUUUCGAAUGGGCCAAACAAGGCUUCAACAACAGCCUUCCCACGAAGGUCCUCAUCCACGGCUUCGGCAGCGACUGCAGCCACAUAUGGGUCUACGAGAUGCGCAGCGCUCUCAUGGCGGUGGAGGAGGUUAAUGUGAUUUGCGUCGAUUGGGAGAAGGGGGCGAUACUGCCUAAUUACGUUAAAGCCGCCGCAAACACUCGCCUCGUCGGCAAGCAACUGGCGAUGCUCCUUAGAGGAUUAGUAGAUAAUAACGGUUUGUCACUAAGGAGCACUCAUCUGGUGGGGUUCAGCCUGGGGGCGCAUGUGGCGGGCUUCGCCGGGGCCGAAUUGGGCAAUUUGAGCCGAAUCACGGGGCUGGACCCUGCGGGACCCCUUUUCGAGUCGCAGGACCCAAGGGCGAGACUGGACCAAAGCGACGCCGAUUUUGUCGACGUCAUUCAUAGUAAUGGAGAGAAUCUUAUCCUAGGGGGGCUGGGGUCCUACCAACCCAUGGGGCACGUCGAUUUUUAUCCGAACGGAGGAAGGAUGCAGAAAGGGUGCAGCAAUUUGUUUGUCGGCGCUGUCAGCGAUAUCAUUUGGUCGUCUGCCGUCGAGGGACGAUCGCUUUGUAACCAUAGACGAGCCUAUAAGUUCUUUACUGACUCGGUUUCGCCUCGAUGUCAUUUUCCGGCAUUCCCUUGUGAAUCGUACGAAGAUUUUCUUUCGGGGAAGUGUUUUCCAUGUACUGAUGAGAGGAACUGCGGCAAUAUGGGGUAUUACGCUGAUAGGUCCAAAGGUCGAGGACAAUUAUAUCUCAUUACAAGAGACGAAGAGCCCUUCUGCGCCCACCAGUAUCAUGUCAAAAUUGAAACGUCAAAUAGCGCGGUCCCCAUUGUAUCUUAUGGAAAAAUUCAAAUUACGCUAAUAGGGGAUUCGACCUUCAAUGAGACAUUUAUGAUGACUAGGAAAGAAGACGAAGAAAUGAAAUUGGGUGAAUCAAUUUCUCGGAUUUUGGUCCCGCACCCAAUAUUAUCGGAACCUACGAGUGUCCAAAUUCUCUACACUGCAUACAGUGGUUGGUUGUCAUCUGGGUUGACCCAAUGGAGGAUGGAUAAGAUUACCAUUAGUGAUAGUUUUGGCAAAACAUCAUCUGUUUGCAAAAAGAAUCUAAUUCUGGACUCCGGCGUUCCGGUGACUCUUCCUUUAUAUCCCGGUGAAUGUAAUUUACCCGGAAAAUACGCGAAGAAGGAAGCAGAGGACCGGGUUCACGACCCUAAUCCUCUAAAUCUUCCUUUAAACGCAACGUCGAAAAUAAAGAAUUUCAUCCCGACUCCGGUGGUCCGGAUCGGCCCCGAAGACUUGGAAAAAGAGUACAAAAAAGAAAAAAAUGGAAAUUCAAUUGAUUGGAAACGCGAUGAGGAUAACAGAGUGUCCGAUAUUGAAGAAGCAGAGUCUAGUCGAGCUUUCAACACGAAAAUUCUAAAGCCAGAUAAAGGAAAAGAAAGUCCGGUUAAAGAGAUAGUUGAGCCGAUUUUGAAGCCUCAUCCGAAUAAAAUAGGCCGGUCACAUGACCCCGACAGAGAUAAACCUGAGAUAACCGAGCCAAUUUUGGGACCCACAACAUCUCGGAAUUUCGGCGCUUUUAAAUUAGAGCCAGCUGUAAAAAACGAUUUUUUAUCGCGUCUUACAAGCACUAAUAAAGAAAUUUCGUAUAAUUUUUAUGACGUGGAAGAUCAAAACGAGUGGAUUCCUUCAAUACCCUCAGCUAAGCCAAAAGAGGCCAAAUGGAAGCGGGAGGARGGGUCAAAAGCAAUCAAAACCGAGGAGAAUCCUUUGGAAAUGAUUGCGACGACUGUUCAGUUCCUGCCCCAGCGUCUCGCCAAGAUGUUCGAGCAAGCGGAGAAGUAUGCCAGAGAGACGAUCCUACCUUUGGUCAGUACUUACACUCCGAAAUUUAUCAGUGAUAUAAUCACUCCUCGAGAAAAACCCAAAUACGUGCCUUUGACUUACGAAGAAAACGUGGAGGAAGAGGAGGAAGCGGAAGAUACAACGACGACGAGUACGACGAAAACCCCGCGUCAAAGUGCGAAGAGAAACCUCGAUAAUAAACAAUUCGACCCGCCACCGGUUGAAGAAGACUUAAGCACUAGCAAAGCAUCGACUACUCCUUACACACACAUACAAAAAAUUAAAAAGAAAACUACGACUCCAAAAACGGAAACGACAAGUGCGGCGAGUCGGAGAGCCCGUGAUGACCUCCAUGUGCGUAAAAACAUCCUCGAGAUGAAACUGGAAUCGAUGCAAGACGAUUUAGUCGUAGACGCCUCGAAAAAACCCAAAGCGAUUUACGUCGACUUACCGGUUUUCGACGUUAAUCCACAAAGGAAGUAUAUUCCGUUAAAAGACUCCAGCUAGAUGUAAUAUAUUUAUUUUUAUUUAAUGACUGUAAAUAUGUUUUUAUACGACUGUUGUUUAUUGUAUAAAUUUUGUAAAAUAAAAAUUAUAUCAAGACA